UGGUAUGUUCCAAUUUGUAUCAAUUAGCAAAGAUGACAUUGACUGCUCAAUGCUUUCCAUUGAUAUUAUACACAUGCUCCAUGUUCACACAAAUUCUCAUCUAUUGUUGGUAUGGAAACGAAGUAAAACUAAAGAGUGUUCAACUCACCAUUAAUAUUUUUGGAAUGGAAUGGUUAACAAUGAAGCAAAACAGAAAACAGAGUUUAUUAAUAAUUAUGAAUCGCUCAUUAAUACCUAUUGAAUUUUCUAGCGCGUACAUCCUUACGAUGAACCUUAAUUCUUUCGUGAGCUUACUUAAGACGUCAUACUCGGCUUAUAGUAUCCUACAACAAAUGUAAACAACAUAAUUCAAAUAGAAGAUAGUAUAGAAGAUA